UCUAACGUGCUGUACAAAACGGUUACCACCAACACACACCUAAAAACACAAAACAGAAACUAAUGCGGUGAAUUUUGUUGAAUAUUCCCUCCUAAAAAACAAAAAAGAACAUUUCAUUGAUUUUCGAAUCAAAUCGAAACAAAAAACGAAAACAAAAACUUCGUAAAUCAAAAGUGUUGCAAAUAAACAGAGGGAAAAGAUAUUCCAACAAAGUGUUGAAAAUCAAGCAAAACCCCCAAAGCUCAUAAAAGGCCUUUACCCACCGCAAAAGGAUUACUUAACAAAAUAGGAUUACUCUACCCUUUUUUGUGUGGCUUAUAACCAAAUUGUGUGAAUAUUUUGUUCGGUCGAAAAAAACGUGAUUUAAAAUUUAUAUUAAUUCAUCGAAUAAAUAAAAUAUUAAUACAUUAGUGGAUUAUUGUGCGAGUGUGUGUGUGUGUUUGCAAUAGCGUUACUGGGAUUAAUUUGAUUGUAAAGCUUUGCUGUUGUUGUUGCUGAUUUUUCAAAGCAGAAAUUAUGAUGUCCCUAAAGCAUUUCAUUUUAAUUAGCAUAUGUGUCAUGGGUUUGGCCUGCGUGUACGCUCAAAUAGCACCUGGAUCAAAUCAAUAUUUACCCCCCAAACAGAAUGGAUAUGAUUAUCCUGGACCACAAAAGCCUUUCCAACCCCCAGGCAAUGGACCAGCACGUCCUCCAGGUGGCGGUCCAGCACGUCCUCCACCACGAGGUGAACCAGGACCAGAUCAUGUUCACAUGCCCGGCAUGCCAUUCGAUUUUGAAUAUGCCGUCAAUGAUGUAGAAACUGCCAACGACUAUGCCCAUAAAGCCACCAGUGAUGGUGAUGUUGUGACCGGUGAAUAUCGCGUUCAAUUACCCGAUGGCCGUAUGCAGGUGGUGCGUUACACUGCCGACUGGAAGACUGGUUAUCAUGCAGAUGUCAGCUACGAAGGUGAACCUCAAUAUCCUCAGGGACCCGGUGGUAGACCUGGUUACAAAUAUUGAAAUUUCCAAUUGAUUGUGGCACAGUGUUACCAGGAGGUUUGCUAAGACAUUAUAGACACGUACAACUUUGCUAAGGAUAUUAAUUUAACUGAUUACCAACUAACUUUGUUGAUUUGUUGAAAUUUUCUUCUACUUUUUAAUUAUUUUUUUUUUUAUUUCUUUCUAAUAUAUUUAAAACAAAAAUACCAUUAAAAUAUAAACAAAUUUAUGAUUAUGUACUCUUCGCUGUCGGGUUAUAAUUUCACUAUUUCAUAAAAUGUUUUCUUUGUUUUCGAAAAUUUGUCCAAAUAAUAAAGAACUAAAAUAAAUAAAA